AUGGCGCCAUUUAUAGGCGAUGAUGAGAGGGCUUCAGGUGCCGGCCAGUCAUCUGGCUCAAGUGUCGAUGCUCCUGCUCGAAGAAAUGUCCUUUACAUUGAUGCAUACGAUUCCUUCUCCUAUAAUGUUGUCGCAAUGCUCGAGGAGGUUCUGGAUGUUAAAGUCUCGGUGAUGACCAUCGACUCCGAUUGGCCAGACGGCAACAUGGUCCAGUACCUACAGCAUUUCGAAGCUGUCGUGCUUGGCCCUGGUCCUGGAGAUCCGAACGUUGCUGAAGAUGUCGGCAUCAUGCGAGAUAUUUGGAACCUGAGCGGCGCCGAUAUGUUACCUGUCUUUGGAAUCUGUCUGGGUUUUCAGAGCCUCUGUCUCCAUCAGGGCAUUUCUAUAGGACGAUUGCCAUAUCCACUACAUGGCCAGGUUCAUCGGAUAAAGACUGUGAACAGGGACAUUUUCGAAAACGUGCAAGAUGUCGAGGUGACGCUUUAUCACUCGCUUUAUGCGAAAUUGGAUGUCCCCGAGCAGUUGACUCGAGGGGGCGAUAGUGGAAACCCUCAUACCGAUCGAUUCGCUUCUAAGGACCUUGAUCUUCUAGCUUGGUUCCUCCUAGAAGACGGGAAGACGCAGAUUCCCAUGGCUGUGCGCCACCAGAAGAAACCACUUUGGGGGGUGCAGUUUCACCCUGAGUCUUGCAAAUCUGACAGGGAAGCUUGCGCUGAGUUGCUCAGAGGAUGGUGGGAUAUGGCUCUGAAUUACAACAAAAAGACCGGGCGAGGAGGAUAUGGUACUCUUCCGGACCCUAACCACUACGCCAGUGGUAGUAUUACUCUUCCCGACGCCGCGUCCACAAUAUUGGAUUGGAGCGCAAGCACUUCCUCCUGUUCCGCAUACCAUACCUUCACAGCGAGGAGUCUCGAUGCCGAGGUCAUCUGCGAGAGCUUGAAUACUCCCAACUCGCCAACCGUGCUAUUCCAAUCUAAUGGGAGGCACAGUAUUAUCUCGGUCCCAAGCCCCGCCAGCUGGAGACUCGAAUACUUUUCUGAGACUCAGAGACUGCUGCUAGAGAAGCUGCAGGAGCGCCAAGGGACAGAAAGUUCCCCCAGUGGGCAGUCAGUCACAGAUGACGUUAUUGAGAGAUUCUUGUCGGUCUCUCAAUUCUGGGAUAUGCUGAGGUUCGUGAUGGAUAUGAAGAAGGUUGAUUCAGGAAGUCUCACAGUGCCGUUCUGGGGAGGUUUCCUGGGUUACUUUUCCUAUGAAAUGGGCCUUGCCUGUCUUGCACGUCCCAAAACAGCUGCAGAAAUCCAUCCGACGAGCCAAAAUGUCGGGGAAGACCCUGCCGACGCCAGCUUGCUGUGGACUGAGAGGAGUAUCGUUAUUGACCACAAGACAGGUCAAAUCACGGUCCAGUCAACACGGGCUGGCGAUGACAUGCCGACUGGAUGGCUCCAUCAGACCGAGCAGUUUUUACAAGACCUUGCACGUAGCAGGAGUCAAUGCAAGGUCUACACCAGCGACACCGACGCAGAAUUCUUGGAUUCUAUCCUCAAGCAGAGCGUCAUCAAGUUCCCAACCCAGGAGAGUUAUCAGAGGCAGAUCAAAGCUUGUCAGGCUGAGUUGGAGGCUGGCGAGUCGUACGAACUAUGUCUCACUGGCGAAACGUUGAUUACGCUACCCUCUCCAGCUGGUCACUGUGGCCGUGUCAGUUUCCCCUGGAAGCUGUACAAGCGUUUGAGGAAGUACAACCCCGCUGCCUUUAGUGGUUUUGCGCGACUAGGUCACGUCAAGAUUGUCAGCAGCAGCCCCGAAUGCUUCCUCAACUGGGAUCGGGACUCUACGCUGGAAAUGAAGCCAAUGAAGGGCACUGUGAGGAAAACCGAAGAUAUGACCAUGGAGAAGGCCCGCGAAAUCCUUGGAUCGACGAAAGAGAUGGCGGAGAACCUCAUGAUCGCGGAUCUGAUCCGCCACGAUCUCUACGGCAUCUGUGGCUCGGGCGGCGUCCACGUAGAAAAGCUCCUGGAAGUGGAGGAUCACGGACGUGUUUACCAGAUGAUCACUCAUGUCAAAGCUAGGGUUGAUCGAAAUCGGCCCGGAUUUGCGGCACGGGAUAUGCCGCAGUUACCGUCCUCGACCAUGUCCGGAUACGGACUGACUGCGUUGCAAAGAUGUCUGCCACCCGGCUCGAUGACUGGUGCCCCUAAGGAACGCUCAUGCAUGCACCUCAGCUCCAUCGAGGACCGAAAACGUGGAAUCUAUUCGGGCGUCAUGGGCUUCCUGGACCUCGGUGGCGGGGGGAGCUUCUCAGUACUCAUCCGCACAGCUUUUACCUGCUCAAAUGAGCAAGAUGACGAGCAACUCUGGCGAAUUGGCGCCGGGGGAGCCGUGACCACUCUGAGUACUCCCGAAGGGGAAUGGGAUGAGAUGUUGACCAAGUUGCGUACGGUCUGUGGGAUUUUCGCUCCGCUCAACCCGUAG